AUGGUACUGGUACCAGUACAUACAUACACUGUGGACCUGCUCCUGGGAGGUCAGGCAGGUCAGGCAUGGUAUGGUAUAAUUUCUGGGCAGGCCUUCAUGGCAUUGGCACUGGGAUGGUGUUCAUGGCAUUGGUGCUGGGACAGCUUGACUGAUGGCCUUGUGGCAUCAGGGAUGUGCCAGAACUCAUUACAAUGGUGCUGGGAUGGCUUCCCUGGCAUUGGUGUUGUGCUGGAACACAUUACAAUGGUGCUGGGAUGGCUUCCAUGGCAUUGGUGUUGUGCCAGAACACAAUGGUGCUGGAAUGGCCUGCAUGAUGGCCUCAUGGCAUUGGGGAUGUGCUGGCACUCAUUACAAAGGGAUAUGCUGGAAUACAUGGAACUGGUGCUGGGCUGGCCUCCAUGGCAUUGGUCUGGUGCUGGUACACAUUACAAUGGUGCCAGAAUGGCCUGCACAAUAGGCCUCAUGGUAUUGGAGAUGUGCCAGAACACAUGGCAUAGGUUCCAGGAUGGCUUCCAUGGCAUUGGUGUUGUGCUGGAACACAUUCCAAUGGUGCUGGGAUGGCCUGCAUGA